AAUACAUCCCAGGGUCUUUUGGGGCCCAUUAAGAGUAUGCAUCAUCGUGGUACAGAUAAGGAAUUUCACAUAUCAGCAAGAAAGAUGGCCACAUCUUUGCUUUUCCAGUUAUCUGCUCACGAUCGAGAACUGGAUUUAGUGUAUUUGGACCACAGUUAUGCUAAACCAUGGAACGCACACCCUGAUGCCAGCAGUGCCAGGCCUACACGGACUUUGUUUGUCACUCCCCGUCGCCAGCCUGAACCCUCAGCAGUGUCUGACUCUUUAAUUGAUGUGGAGACGGUCACACCCACACCUGUCCCCCUAUAUGAUAACCAGAAGGCCCUCACUGUUAUGAGAGAGUGUGAACGCCAUGUCUUGUUUGCACGAACUGUUGCGGAUAGCCCCCCACCACCUGAAGACUGGGAAGAACAUAUAAACAAAUCUGGUUGGUCGGUGAAUCAAAACAAAUUAUUUAAUAAAGUAAUUAAAGCUUUACAAGUUGAAAGACUGGCUCGUCUGGCUAACGAGAAUGCUCCCAAUGAACCCAUAUUGAGAAGAAUAGCGGUAAACAGGUGUGCAAGGAAGUUCCGAAAUGCCUUGGCGAGUGUAAACUGGGACCCCAAACUGACACAGUGGUUACACACAAUCUUAAUAGAGUCUUUGAGUCUUGCAAUGUUGGCUGCUUACCUAGAUGUGCUUCAGACUUUGAAGAGCAAGUUGCCCACACUGAUCGAUAGGAUGUUACAACACACAACCAAAACUGGAUCUCCAACUGCAGAAGCGCUUUCCCUGUUGCUGAAACGUCCCUGGGACCCAGCUGUUGGAGUUUUGUCUCAAAACAAACCGUGCAAGCUGCCUGGAUCUCCACUUAUUCUUAUUGCACCCUCGAGCCCCUCUAAUCCAGCCCUCUCUACCUCACGACGAAUGAGAUUUUGGCAAUCACAGCUGUCCUGCUUGGGAAAGGUCAUUCCUAUACAUACCCAUGUAAACAGUGGAGCCAAUAUUGGAAUUACCCAAUGUCUGGAGCAUAUGCUGGGCACAGUUCGGGCCAAAGUUAUGGAGGUUCACAGCCACUUUCCCCACAAACCUAUCAUCUUGGUUGGCUGGAAUGCUGGUGCUUUAGUCGCUUGUCAUGUAUCUCUAAUGGAGUAUCUGACUGCUGUAGUAUGUCUUGGUUUUCCACUCCUUACAGUUAAUGGGCCUAGAGGCGAUGUGGAUGAUCCACUUCUCGACAUGAAAACUCCAGUUUUAUUUGUAGUUGGGCAAAAUGCUUUGCAGCACAGUAUCGAGAGCAUGGAGGAGUUCAGGGAGAGGCUACGGGCAGACAAUAGUAUGGUAGUUGUCGGAGAUGCAGAUGAUAAUCUAAGGAUAAACUCAGCUAAGAUGAGAUCUGAUGGACUGACUCAGACAAUGGUGGACAGGUGUAUUCAGGAUGAGAUUGCUGACUUCUUGACAGGGGUCCUUACACGAGCUGAGGGCCACAGUCAUGGCUCUGGGGAAAUGAGAGAUUUAGAUACAGAGAAGAAAAAGCGGCCACGGAGGGAACUACCCUUUGACUUGGACAGAGGGAGACCCUCCUCUCCAGCUCUGAGAGUUCCUAUUUCCCCUUCUGGGUCAGAUGAUUUGUCUAGUGUCUGCAGCAGUCCUACCUCUAGUCCCAAGCCCAAGACAUCAAGUCUGUCGCCGGCACAAAAGUCCAGUCUUAUCACAGCCACCCAGCUCCUGAAGACACACAUGCAGCGCUCUGGAACUGUCCUCAGCCACAAACAGGCCCAAGCCCAGUUUGCCGCUUUUAUGAAACAAAACAUGCUUGUGAGGAAAAACCUUCCUCCUGGCACCUCUCCUUGUAUAUUUGUGCCAGUGACAAGUGACCAGGUGGAAGGUAUGGACAGAGAUGACCUGAGACCCCAUGGAAAAAGAAGGCAAACGCCAAGUCCAACACCAAACAAAGCUUCCAAAAGAGCGAAGAUUAAGGUUACCAUUGUUUCACAAAGUGAGUCUGCGAGUGGUGCCAACAGUCCGACUACACAAGAAGCUUCCGGGAAGCCGCUCACUGUGACUGUAGGCCAGUCUGUAGCUGGAGCUAAGGAGCUGUCUGGACUUCUUACAGGCCAGCGGUCUGGUAAUAUCUCAGAGGUGUCUGCAGGCUGCAUGGUGUCAGGGUCCUCCACACCAGUCCAGGCGCAAGCUCCGGCUUUGGCCCAAGGUCCUAUCGCCAGCAAUCUGCUUCAAGGCUUAAGUUUCAGUCUUCAGGAGAUUGUCACCAAACCCCCUAAUUUAUCUGUGACAGCAGCCAAUACAGGGGCCACGCAGACACUGGGUAAAGCUCAGGGUCAGGUCCUGAGCUCCAUAAGCAGUAGCAGCAGUACUCUGCUUCGUGCUGUGCCAUUGGUCUCCACAGAGGGCGUGGCUAAAACUACCGCCAUUCACCAGCUUCUCGCCAAUGGUGGUCUGGCCAAACUUGCCAGCAGUUUGCCUGGCCUGGCAAACAUCACCAAUCAGACAGCUGGUAUGUCUCAAAAUGUCAAAACCCAGCAACCCAGAUGAAUCCAAUUCAGGUCUGGUUAAGACGUGUUUUGAAAUGCUCAUGAUGUCUAGUAUAUAAACAAAUUAAAGUAGCAAGAGGAGGUUCACAGCUAAACUCAGGGCACAUGUAAUAAUAAUCAAGGCUAUAGACAUUUUACUGGUAUUUUGUUUAAAUAACACAUUAUUCAUCCCUUAUAACAAUUAAUGACAGCUUUUGCAUUCUCCCAAAGCGCUGUUUAUUUCAUAAUAUAAACAUAAAAUUCAAGACAAAGUGAAGACAACAGUGUAAAUAGUAAAAGAGGAAUUGACAAUGUUCUUUAUCCAAACUGCUUCUUUUGUAAAAUGUCUGUUCUGUCAUUGUCAUCUUACAUUUGCCAUUGCACUCAUAGUUUUAUUGUAAUGUCUGGAAUUAUUAAAUAUUUCCCAUGCAUUGUUCUUGUUAUUUCAAUAAAUAACCCAUGUU